AUGGAUCAAGAACACUACGAGUACAGACUGAAACGGAUAAGACAGGCAUGUGCCAACUGCAGGCGCAAAAAGGUCCGCUGCUCUGGCGAGCGUCCGAGAUGCACAUACUGCACACGCCUCCGACAGGAAUGCUCCUAUGAAGAAGCACCCAAACGCGAGGAUCAAAAUGACUCUAACAGGGUCCUGCGCCCGUUGAUGAUAGCGGGAACUAGCAAGGAAGAAGCCUCAUCUUCACUUCCUCUCGAGUCCCGAAUAACCUCGCUUGAAACAAGUGUGCAAAGGCAAGGCUUUCUCAUCAGUCUUCUCACCAACGAACGUGGCAUCGCUGUCGGGAACAACCUCCGUCUGAGUCACAAAGACAAUAUUGCCGGGGACGCCAAGGGGCUGCCUGUCACGCCUGACAUGACGCUUUCUGCUGCAGCAGACCUAUACUUUCAGUACUGCCACAACCAACCAUACUCCCUCUUCCAUGAAGAAACUUUUCGCCAUCGCUUGGUAGCUCAAACGCUCCCCGAAUACCUUUGCCUCGCCUUGUUAGCUACAGCCAGUCGAUUUUCUCAGUCCACUAAACCAUUGCUGCUCUGCGCAGACCAGGCAUGGGAGCUGACCAUCAAGCGCUCGACAGCUAACAUUGACUCUGCGGAGAGUCUAAUGAUAGCCCAAACGAUUCACCUUCUUUGCGUCAUUGACUACUCCGAUGGCCGAUGUCGCGCUGCAUGGAUUAAGCUUGGGCUGGCUGUUCGCAUCGCGCAGUGCUACCGAUUCAACACUGAGCCCGAUCCCCGUCUUCGUCCUGAAGUUCAGGAGGAAUACCGACGAACGUUCUGGUCUAUCUACCUACUUGACAGGCUGAUGUCCUGUGGACGAGAAAGACCUACCGCGCUUCAAGACAAGGAUUGCCUGCUUCGUCUUCCGUCCAACGAGCAAGCUUUCCGAGACUGUUCAGAGAAUCGGGGUCCAGUACUUGAACAACUCACCGGAGACGCGCCAGUAUUUACGGAGCUUCCUGAACACAGUCAUUUCUCUGUAAUCAUCUUGAUGGCAGCGACACUAAUCCGCGUAGUUAAUUACGUGCUGCGAAAGGAUUCGCGAGUUCACGACGAUGUUCCCUGGUCUACUACUUCACAAUACUCAGCGCUCGAGUCAACUCUGUGGCGGCUAGAACUCAACUACGGACUACUAGAUCCGUUAAAUGCCGUUUGGGAGCAAACACUUACUUCAGGUGGUGUGGUUGACCCACGAGCCGCGGGGCCUCUGAUAUAUGGCCGUGCUUUGUUCCAUCUCGCGGGCUGUCUGCUGCACCAUCCUUUCCUCCUACAGCAUCGACUAGCAGAAUCGGCCAGCAGGACACCCCCAGGAUUCUUAAGCAAAGCCUGGGCGUCAGCUAGAAGCCACGCCACUGCACUAACCAUGUUGCAGGAGACGGAGAAUCUUGGCUGCGUCACAGUUUCUUGCUUCAGAGGUUACUGCGCUAUGGUCGCCGGCUCGAUCCACCUUCUCUUUGCGUCGGACAGCAACGAUGAGAUACGCGAGGCGUCGGUACGACGCUACGAGGAGUGUCGAGGCCUGCUGCUAAAGCUGUGCCGUUAUUGGGAGAGUUCGAGGCUAAUGUUUAUGAAGCUUGAGCGUCUGUAUGAGGAUAGAAGCCAAUACCGCCAGUUCUUCGAUUACACACUAGCUAUGGGUGAGAAACCCAAACUCGAAGCGUUCUGGGACAGUAUCGACAACUGGGUUCCUUCAAGCCGAUCUCCGAGCCCCGAGCAUGGCCCUCCUGAGCCAGUACAGCCCAAACAUUUCCCUACGUCUAUCGACUUUUUCGAUAUCGCGCCGGCGGAUCCUUGGGGCAAUGGAAAUUCGAUUUUCGAGAUGGACUUUUCGAAUGGCAAUAGUUUCAUGUGA